UGUCCCCGCUCACCUGGGCGGACCCAGCAGGCCCUUGGAGGACCCCGGUUCGUCUCUAUGAUCCCAGAGCGCCUCCGAGCGCUUCCUCUCGGUGGUUUCCGGCGCACGCCAGCGGAAGUGGCGUCACACGGUGCGCCGCCGGAUGUGACGUCAGUGCGCGGCGGCAGAGGCUGAGGCGGGAGCGGCGGUUGGAACGGCUCGACGGGACGGCGCCAUGUCCUCGACGUCACAGAAGCACCGGGACUUCGUGGCGGAGCCGAUGGGGGACAAACCCGUGGGGAGCUUGGCCGGCAUCGGGGACGUGCUGGGCAGGAAACUGGAGGAGAAGGGCUUUGACAAGGCGUACGUGGUGCUGGGGCAGUUCCUGGUGCUGCGCAAGGACGAGGAGCUGUUCCGGGAGUGGCUCAAGGAGACGUGCGGGGCCAACGCCAAACAGAGCCGGGACUGCUCGGGCUGCCUCGAGUGGUGCGACGCCUUCCUCUGAGCCCCCUCCCCAAAAAAACAGCACCCAGGGCCCCUCCUCUGAGCCCCCUCCCCAAAAACAGCACCCAGGGCCCCUCCUCUGAGCCCCCUCCCCAAAAACAGCA